UAGUGGGUCUGGAAUAAACUGAAAUAAGAAGCCAUCUUUCAACCGACAGUACCUAUUAUUUACACAUCCGCGCCCGCCCCCUAAGCUGAUUUUUUUUCACCGGGAGAAAAUUACUCAUGCUUCUGAUCAACUCAUACUGCAUUAUUCAAGCUGGGAUUAAGUAACGAGAGUUACAAUUUUCGUGAUUACUUUUCUUCCAUUUUUUUUACCAAUUAAUCAUCCAAAGUUAGAGUUCAUUGUAGAUUUCUGGCGAAAAUUAUUCAUGAUGUAAUUACAGCCUUGAUUAUCAACUCCAUAUCAGGAUUACGACGCGUGAAGAAUUCAAUUGAAAUAUUACCUUCAAGAUUUACUUUUUCUUUUGAUCUGAAAUAUCGGCCGACUUAUUUAUUUUGCAAAGCAUUUGACCCAAUUUGCCAAUUUAAUUCCUCCUUUAUCGCCCAUCUGAAAUGAAAAUGUUCACUUUAAAAGCAAUUUUCAACUAAGCGGCUAGUUAUCUGUUCAAGCUAUCUUUUUGACUAAAAUUGGCAUACUUUGGAGUUAAAUUUCGUACUAUGCGGGGGAACAUCUGGAUUUUAAUGGAGUAACAUUUUGAACAUGCCACUGCGACACCAGUUAAAGUUAAUAAAAGUUUGUUAGGUUACCAAAUAUUGUGAAUUUAUAAACUGAAAGAGGCUUAUAACUGUGGAAAAAUGAUUCCAAGCUUUACUUUAAAAAAAACGUGAAGGGGACUUCAAUAGAUCAAGACAAAAGCGAGUGUUAAGUUACGUAUGUUUUGGAUCUUUUAAUUCCAGACUUGGAUCCAACUUUUGACUUCUUAUUGUAAAUUUCAGCCAUUUGGACCGCAGGGAGGAUUUGUCUGUUAAGUACUGUUAAGUAUGCAAUAUUCCAGAAGUGGCGGUUAUUUGAGUAAGACUAAUGCAGGGAAUCUGCUUUAUCACAGAGAUAGCAAGGCGGCCUUGUUAUCCCAAAAUACGUCCCAACAUUCACAGUUAGCGCCAUUAAAAUCUCAAAACUUGACAAAAUCCGCCUCGGUGCAAAACUAUUACGACUGCACCCAGCGCUGUAUGACCGAAACAACAUUAUCUAAUAAUCUAUCCCUCGAUAGCUCUCAAAAUUCAGUCGGAGCAACCAGUCAUGGUCACGUGAGUAACCACGCGAACAAUCAUGUGACCAUCAGCCAGGUGGGCAAUCGAACGCAGGUAAUGAACGCAGCGUGCGAUGGGGGAGGAGAAAAAUUGGGCGAUUGUGAACAGACUAAUCAUCAGGGUGAGUCUUUGUCUGAAGUGGCCACGCCCCUUCCCUUGGUGCCCCCGAAGUUGAGAAAGAGAACUGGAUUCGGAGGAGGUUGGAGUGCCGUUAGGCACAGUUUGCAGAAUCAUCGUCUGUCUUCAGCGAGUUCAACCGGGACAGGGGUUUUCCCGUCGGCCAAUUCAAAUAACAGCGUGUCAAGUUAUAACCCAGUUAGUACAAAUAUUAACUACCCAAAUUCGACUCCACCCGCUCAGUUUACGAACUCGAACGGAUUCAACAUGAAAAACUUCAUCAAGUCUCGAACUUCUUCAAUCGGAAAUUCCUCAAGUCAGAAGUCCAAACAGAACAAUUCCCAAUUAGCCGACCCCAAAAACCCAGUUAUAGUUCACCUAUCAAUGCAGCAGAACAGCAGUAGUAGUAGUAGCGGUAAUGGGGGAAUUAGUAGCAAUAAUGACCAGCAGAUUUAUUUAAACCCGUCAGACGUUUUCACUCCGGGUGAUUUACCGGAUCCAUCUCGUCAUCAGUUUGAACCGCCAAAUAUCUCCCUCGCUUCCGGUGUUCACCCGGUGACAUCGCGCCCGCCCGCUACAGUCCCCCCUCAGCCCGCCUCAUUCCUCCCCGCUCAAAACUACCCCGUAAUGUCUGCCGAGGUCACCCCCCAAGCCACGCCCAUUGCUUCAAAGAAGCUGCAAAAUCACAAUUACUCAAGCAUAAACAACAACAACAGAGAUGAGAACUCGAACAGUGCCGGAUCGUCGGCAGGGUUCUCGAACUACAUGCCUAUGAGCGAGUGUGGAAGUCAGAACUCCUCGAAGAACUCAAAGGACUCCGGACGAGGAACACACGAACAGCACAGGGAUUCGUUGAGUAGUCAAUUCAUGACGUCCUCCCACAAUCAAGGUCAAUAUGGCCACCCACAGCAUGGAAUUUACCCAUUAGAAAACCUCUACUAUGACGAGUCGCAGAACGAGCGCCGGAUGCGCCACCACCAUCGGCAGCAGGAUCCCGCUAAUAUUCAAAUGCAGCAGCAGAGUAAAAUGUCUUCUUAUUCGAAACAUGCCCAGCAUAAAAGCAUGAAGAAAUACCUCAAAGAUCGAUCCUCCCACGCACACCAGCGCAGAUCGAAACGCAUGGGCCGCAGUCUAUCGGCGUCUUCGUUGAGUACAGUUGACAAAAACGGAGUGAGACGGUCACGUGAGAGGGGAGGAGGGGUCAAUAGCGGGGCUCCCCCGACAGGAGGGGGUCACACGUACAAGGUAUACGACGGAGAUUUCCUCACCAAACCCGGAAAUAUUCCCCGAGGCGUGAAUGACGACAACACGACGAAUAGUGUCGUGUCGCAACAGGUGAAGCACUCCUCGCGAGGGAGGCAGUCGGCGGGUGUCUCGGGGGGUUCGGCACUUCCGAGAGGCAGCAAGCACGACAGUGAGCACUUCGAGUCAGUUGCCGACAGCACACAUGAAAGGGACCGGUCCUACUCGAAUGCGUGUCAUUGUCAGUGUGAACAAACAUUGGACCUGGUUGCCCGCAAGGUCGAACAUCUCAAACUGGCCAUUCUGGAGAAGAUGGAGUACUCUAUGGGCAGUACAGACAGGAAGAUGGACGAGCUUGACAAGAAGGUGAGACACCAGCUGAACAGUCUGGACAAGAUCUUCAAGGACAGAGUGGGAGGGGAGAAGACGGAGGCCAUACAGCGCAUGGACAAGAAGAUCAUUCAGGAGAGAAUGGCCAUAGCAGAGGAGAUACGAAAGACUGAGAUGCGAGUGGAUCGGUCGCUCAAAGAUUGGUGCGAGUCCAGAUACCAGCGAGUGGACAGCCGACUCCAAGGCUCCUCCGACCGAGCGCAUAGCGACUCCGGUCUGAGCCGACGACACAGCAUCGGCGACGGAUCUUCCAGUGUCGGAACUGGCGAGGGCAACAAGUGUUACCGGGACAGCGGAGCUUUCGAGUGCUCAUCGACCGCGUCGAACUCGGACGUCGGCGUGAAGACACCAAGUGAUUCAUUUCCAGUUAAGACUCCGUGGACCACCAGUAGUCCCUUGGGACAACCGAAUCCAGCGUCGCGUCAUCACAGUGCCACGAAGCGAGAAUCGCCUCUCGUGAGCGAAAAGUCGACGACUAGCUCAGCUCGCUGCAGUAUACAGAGUUCGAGCAGUUCAGCGACGAAUAACUCGUUAGCACAACGAAGUCGUGGAGCGUCGCCUGUGAACAGUUCGGCUAACUUGUCGAUUCACAGCCACUCAAGUGGAGGAGGGCAGGGCAAGGCUGAUUCCAUCUCUGAUAUUUUGGACUAUCAGAUGGACAUUUACGCGACUAAUGUUCAACAGUACGGCACUGUGCGCAGGAAGAGCCGACCUCGACUAGAAACGAGCUCGACUGCUUUUGACGACAACGAGUCGUGUUUCGGUGACAACGAGUCAGUGUCCAAGAUCCCCAUUUUGACACUGCCCUCUGAGAACUUCGGUAAACUCGGAGGAUCCGGUGGUUCGCAACAGUCGCAACCUCAUCUUAAGUCCACCACUACUUCAGCGCAUCAGAGGUCUUCCUCGACCAGUGGAUCUCAUGGACACUUUAUGAUUCAAAAUCAGAACAAUCCAAAGAAUCCAACCGGAUGCAACCAGCUGCCAGACAUGAGCGAAGAUUUGCGCCAGUUCAACUCGCAAUACUUAAACCGACAAGGCAACGCCGGAAAAAUUCCCACGAACCCACACGCAAACGGAAACCCAAAACAAGGCGCGGUCAGCAAUUUGUACGAUGAGAAGCAAUAUCCCCCGUGCGACUUCGAAAAAAUGAAGCGCCUAGACAGUGCAAACGAAAGUCCCGUUCCCCCCCAUAAAACGACCGGAGGUCAAAACCCCGCCCAAAAUAUCCCGCCCGUGUUGCCUCCCAGAGGUCUCGAAAUGUCCCGAUCUAACGGCGCCCAGAGUCAACCGAGUUGCCAGGCUGCUCCGGAUGAGCGGGAGGCACUGCAACGUCGAAUCAAGGAACUGGAAGAAACUCUGAACCAUAUAACUCUGAAUUCAUCGCAGUCCACUACUACCAGCUCAGGCACGAAAGCAAUUUGAGCUUAUUUGUCUCUAAAUCAGUGGGCCUGAGUUCGAACCCCUCGAGGACCAAAAUUUAUUUUGGUUUGUGAGCAGAAAAAAAACUAGAAAUCAUUGUAAAGAUGAGUUUAGUGAGGAAAAUACCAAUUUUGGGAUAUUUCUGCGGGUACAGAAAAAAUGAUUUAAUUUGGAAUAAACUAAUUUGCAAAUGAUUAUAAUUUUUGGUUGGCAAAAACUGAUAUCAGAAUAGUUGUUGUUUGAUAAAAAUAUACAAAUAAAGGCGCUCAAUUAUUUGAUUGAUGCAGAAUAUGAAUUUGUGUUGUCUUAUUAGAGACAGAAAACUCUGAAAUGAAGCAUAGAUGAUGUAUUUCUACCUAUGAUAUGCACAAUGCAAUUGCGACUGGCCCUUGUAUCUUUUCAUAAAAUAGAUUUUAAAUACAGUUUUAAGUAACUCG